AAGUGGAGACAAAGCCCUCAGUUGCAGGGAUAUUCCGGUUCAGCGGCCUACAUGAACGAUAACCCACCACCUUAUCCGGGGCCUGGCCCAUCCGGAUACCCACCUUACCCACAGCAACAAUAUGUUCCAGGCCCUUACCCGGGUUACCCUCCCACCCAUGGAGCACAACCUGCGUACCCGGGUUACCCUCCCUCCCAUGGAGCACAGCCUGUAUACCCAGGUCACCCACAGUACGGCUGGGGGAACGAACAGCAGCCGGGAGCAAUGUACACAAACAUGCCAAAAAGUACACCUAACACAGUUUAUGUUGUACAGGAUCAAAGGAGAAACGACGAUAGUUCUGCAUGUUUAACAGCAUGUUGGACUGCAUUGUGCUGCUGUUGCCUUUGGGAUAUGUUGACCUAAAAUCUCCGCUAUAUGGAAAUUCGCCACAAGCCAGACAUCUCAGCUACUGGGCGCUCAAAUCAAAGUGCUGAAUAAAAGCCUGUUAAUGAUCCUUGGUUCUGCCCGUCACAUAAUGACAUUAGUUUAGCGGUCGUCGGAAUGACAAUGUGCUGUUGGUGUGCCUACAAUCUCAUGUAAUGGUCUGCCUAAAUAAAAGAGUAAAUGUCAAUUUAUGGAAGGAAAGCCUUUUAAUAAGUUAACUUCCACACAAAAAAUAUAAGUCAAUUUGAUAUUUAUGGAAGUAAGCGGUGGUAGUGAUUUUUCUGCUUUUGUCUUGUAAGUUAAAACGAUUUCAAGAUGCUCAUUUCUAACAGAAACCUUGCAUUCCUAGAAAUAGCAAAUGUAAAGUAAAAAUAGAAUCGCCAUGGUUUAGUUUACUUUGUAUAUUAUGCAUUAAAUAAUUUUUU